AUGAUGGCAACUUCUAAUUGUCAUAAUUUCAAGAAAACUAUAAUACCUGAAGAUAAUUCAACCAAUAAACCUCUUGCCGCGCUUGCACCUAUUAGAACUAUUCAUCAACUUUGUUCUAGAGUUAUUAAAAGCAAACAAUACUAUAAG